AUGCCUAAAUCUUUCCUGGUCAAGCGGCGAGUCUCGACGCGACUGGCCUCCCGGGAUUGGGGAGAGCUCUCUGACCAACUUCGCGGAGACUUGUACAUCCCAGAAGGCAGCGUGGCUCAAACCCUGGCAGACCCCAGGCUCCUUGCUGGCGGCUCCGUGAGCGUGUGGGAAAGAACCCAUGCAGGAAACUUCCUCCAAGGCGUCACUCAAAGCCCAUGUCCUCCUCAACUGGGUCCCGGGAACAGCAAGGGCAGGAGUCCUGCAGCGCCGCAGUUCCAGUGCUGCGUGUGCAGCAAGCACUUCCCUCUGCAGCGCAUGCUGAACCGCCACCUCAAGUGCCACAGCUCGGUCAAGAAGCACGUCUGCAGGUAUUGCGGCAAGGGCUUCAACGACACCUUCGACCUCAAGAGGCACCUGAGGACGCACACAGGCAUCCGCCCGUACCGCUGCUGCGUCUGCGACAAAGCCUUCACCCAGCGCUGCUCCCUCGAGUCGCACCUCAAGAAAAUCCACAGCAUCCAGCAGCGAUAUGCUUACCGCGAGCGCCGCUCCAAGCUCUUUGUGUGCGAGGAGUGUGGCUUCACCUGCAGCGGCAGCGAGGAGUACUACGGCCACGUCCGCCGCCUGCACCCCGCCCACGGGAUCCUGGCCAGAGGGUUCCAGAAGGUGGCGCUGGCCGACCUCCACCCCAGGUUCCACGUCCUCUACCCUUCCGGAUACUGAGGCCCAGAGGCCAGGGCUGAGGAAACCGGGAAGCAGCAGCACUCAAAUCCCACGCAAGGAAAACGGGGGAGUAGAAAAACUAGCCAAAUCAUGCAUUUGGAGCAAGUUGUUCGCUGCCCGUGCCAAGAGGGGACUGUGCCAAUUCUGCACCUCUUCUAAGUGUUGGGCGUCUCGCCCAGCCCUGCCUUGAGAUCUAUGUUUCUCAAAAUUAGCUGUAACCAAAAUAUGCGACAGUCUCAGAGGACUAAAAACUUUUGUUUUCAAAAUAAAGGUUCCCAGAAGGCUGUGUUUUCAAGUCUUUUCUCCAAGCUCGGUUCUGGGUGCCCUCGUUGCUGAGGCGAGAUGGGUGAACGCCAGGGGCAGGGCUUUUUCUGUGGUGGCCCCCCAAGCUGUGGAACGCUCUCUGCAGGCAUUUCAGCCUUUGUGAUGCUCUUCCAGGCACCAACCAAAACGUUUUUUGCACUUGCCCAAGUUUUUGGUUCCACUGAAUAUGUGGCUGUUUCCAAUCUGUUAAUCUUGUAAUGAGUGGCGUUUUGUUGCAUGCCGCCUCGCGGGGCUAAUACUGGUGGCGCGACAGCAUAUAAUUAUAUUAAAAACUGUGUUUCCUCAUGGCCAGGGGAAUAUUUUGUUCUGCUUCCUGCUUAAACAUAACCGGCCUCCUCUCUGAACAUGGCUGUCUUGCAUUAUAGCUCAUUUUUUAAAAAGCGGGCGGGCACAAGCUAUCUUUAAAGCCAAACCUCUAAACUGGAUACUCAGCCCCAUCAUCCUGGUUGGGAUGGAGUGGGCAGGAAUGAGGGAAAGGUAGGCAAACCACACAUGCUUUAUCCCACAUGACCUGAACCCUAGAGCAUGGGGGUGGACUAGAUGACCCCUGGGUCCCCUCCAACUCUUAAGGUUCUAUUAUUCUUUUAUUCUCGCCAAGCUG